CCGAGUUCAGAGCUUGGCGAAUACGCGUCGGUUGUUGAAACAAAAAAUUAAAAUUGCGCAUCGAUUUGAUUUAUUUUGAAGUAUCGCCAUGCGUUCGGAGGCGUCGAUUUCAGUAUUGAUUCUCUCACUGGUAUCGCUGGUCCCGGUGGCUAUCUCACUUCGCAGCUGUCGCAGCCAUGAGAUAUGCGUUGGUGAGAAGCUGUGCAACGACUCGGAUGACUCCGGCCGCGGAGUACUCAUCCCCCGGAGCCUGGACAACAGCUGCGGCCAUAACCUGGUCUGCUGCGAGAAAGAGCAGCUCGAGAGCUAUUAUGCCGAACAAGCCGACCUCCAGUUUCGCAGCCAGAAGAAGGGAAAUCCAUGGGGUACUUCGGAAAUCCCCACUACAUCUCUUCAGACAACAGAAAAAAGCAUUCCGGCCAAAAAUGAGGAGCAAGGCUAUAAGAGCUGUGGCAUUCGGAAAGAAUGUGUGCCCCGGCACUUGUGCCUCACCGGAAAAGUCAAUGAAGACGGAAGGUAUAUCGUGGGACCGAGAAUUGGGGACAACAAGAAUGGCUGCCGAUCGGUGGAGGAGUGCUGUUCUUUGGAUGAUCAUAUCGCUGAAGAUCAGAGCCCCACAAAGCGAAACUUAAAGAACUUUAGGUACAGGAGCUGUGGCUACAGCAAUCCCAACGGUCUCUACUACAAACUGGACGGUUACAACGACAAUGAGUCUACGUUUGCGGAAUUCCCCUGGAUGGUGGCCCUGAUGGACAUGGAGGGCAACUAUAUCUGCGGUGGCUCCUUGAUACACCCGCAACUGGUGCUGACCAGUGCCCAUAAUGUGGCCAACUACAGCGAGGACUCGCUGCUGGCGAGAGCCGGGGACUGGGACCUCAACAGCCAAUCAGAGCCGCAUCCCUACCAGAUGCGAAGCGUAAGCCAGGUGAUGCGGCAUGAGGGUUUUAAUAACCUGACCUUUUACAAUGACAUUGCCCUUGUGAUGUUGGAGCGACCCUUCCAGCUGGCCCCCCACAUCCAGCCCAUCUGCCUGCCCCCACCAGAAACCCCACAGUUGGAAGUGGAUCUGAGACGUGCCAAGUGCCUGGCCACGGGUUGGGGGCACAGCAAUAGCACUUCCGACCUUUUGGAGCACUUGCUCAAAAGGAUCGAACUGCCGGUGGUGGAUCACGACUCCUGCCAGAAGCUAUUAAGGCUAAGUGUCCUCGGACGGCGUUACAGACUGCAUCCGAGUUUCCUUUGCGCCGGCGGCGUGGCGGGCAAAGACACCUGCAAGGGCGACGGCGGCUCACCCCUAUUCUGUACAAUGCCAGGACUAACAGAUCGGUUCUACUUGGCGGGAAUUGUAUCCUGGGGGAUAGAGUGCGCCGUAAAGGAUAUUCCAGCUGCCUAUGCAAAUGUUGCUUAUCUGAGGAACUGGAUCGACGAAAAGGUCGCGGAAAGUGGUAUCCUCCUCGAAUGAUGUAUUUAAAAAUAUUCUUAAGUUUGUUUGCAAUUUUUUCUUCAUUUUUUGCAUUAAAUUGGUUUCCAAAAACUAAAAUAAAAUUCAGAGACACAAGUUACUUAAAUAUACUCAUCAACUAUAACUUUAAAAUAAAAUAAAUGGCCGAAUUGUCUAACAAUUCCAAAGACAA